AUGAGCACAGGAAAGUUCAUCUUGUCCACCAAGAAGCAGAAGUAUGCGGUGGUGACGUCGGACAGCAAGACACUUCUGUCCCGCGAUGAUCUCCGCUGUAUUGAUCGCUUCGUGGAGAAGCGCGUCGUCUCGGCGACCUACGCGAAUGGAACGCAGCCGCCCCCGUCGCACGGGAUUCCGACCCUGCCCUUUGAGAAGGUGAGCGAAAACUGCGACAGGGUUCUGCUGCUGUCAGUGAGUGCGAUUCACGAGCACGAGAGCGCGUUGGAUGUGCCGUUGCGGUUCAUGGCGCCGGAGGAGUAUCAUGCCCCAGCCCUAGAGGAGCCGCCAACACGACUGCCACUAGCACGACGUAUCGUGGCCCUCCUGCAAGGGGCUGAUAGUGCGGCGGUUUCGUGGCGGCACACCCCGCCCGCGGCGAAGGACAACACGGUUACAGAGAUCCAGGUCACAAAGGACGCGGAGGCGCUCGCACAUUCCUCGCUGCGUGCCGGCAAAAAGAGCAAGGCGGCCCAGCUCUUUUGUGUAUCGGGCUGCUUUGCCUACAACUACGGCAACAUGGAGUUGGCGGUGAGAUGUUUCAAAAAGGCACUUGACGUAGCUGAGGAGCUGGAGGAUGCUCGGUGUCUUGCGUUCUGCCACAACCUCUUAGGCGUCUGCUUCUACCACUUGGAGGAGUACAAGAUGUCACUUGUGCACCACAAGAAGCAGGAGGCACUUGGGGGCAGCUACGCUCGCGCCGUCGCAGAGAUGAACAUGGGUGUGAGCUACGCCGCCCUCGGUGAGCUUGAGUUCGCCCAGCAGGCGUUCGAGGAUGCACUGCUGAAUGCUCGGGAAACAGACGACUCGAUGUUGCUCACCAUCGCACUCGGCAACGUGGGGCUCGUGUCGCUGCGUAUCGGAGAUAUGCGCACCGCGCAGAUGCACCUGGAGCAGUGUCUGGAGCAGUGCAGCGUAGCAGGCGACAAGAGCGGUGCCUCCUUGUGCCUGCUGCUCCUCGGCGAGGUGUACUCGCUCAUCCACGACCACCAGCACGCACUGUUCUACUACAAGCAUGCCUACCGCGUUGGUGGCGAGGCCAACAACCCGGAUGUGGUGAGUCUGGCUCGCGUCAGCAUAGGGAUUGCGCAGGGCAACGCGGCAAUCCGUGACUCCGUGCUGAGAGAGGCAGCCCUGAUGGGAAAGACGAACAGUGUGCAGAGCAUUGUGAGUCAACUUCCUCAGUAG